AGGAGCUUGGGCCCCACCGCAUAUAAAGUGGAGAGCCCGGCAGUGGAACUCAUUCUCACUACUGCCAGACCCAGCAACCAACCAGACAGAACCAUGGCUGUGUUCCGUUCCUUGCUGCCACAGCUGGGGCUGCUCCUGUGCCUGGUUCUGGGCUUUUCUCCUGCCUUCUCUGCAAGUUAUAAUGACCCCUGCAUGGUCUUUAAUACAAUCUCUAACUCCACCUCGGACAACUUGGGAAUCAGCACUCACAUGGAAGUCUCUGGCAGGAACAUAAGCUGGACAGUGCGGGUUCCUGUGAACAGUUCCAUCAGCGCGGUGAUUCUGAAAGUAACGAACCAGAGCAGCCCCUUAGUGGGUGCCUGGGUUGGAGCAGAUCAGGAGUGCAAUGACACCAGUGUCCUGUAUCGAGUGACACCUCCCAACAGUUCCGUCGUCGUGGCAACGUGGAUAGUUCCCAAUUCUGAGAAUGUGACUGAAGUCAGCCUGCAGGUCUUCCUUGCUUCUGACAAUCACACAGCUAUGACAUCACCUGUGAGACUGGACUGGCAAGCAACACCUGCACCCUUGACCCCCACCCCUAAGAUUCCUGGGACCAGCCAGACCACAACUGUGACUACAGCCGAGACACCAGUCCAGACCCCAGCCAUGACCACAGAGAAGACUAUGAGUACAGCCAAGACCACGACUAUGGCCAAGACCACGACUAUGGCCAAGACCACGACUAUGGCCAAGACCACGACUAUGGACAAGACCACGACUAUGGACAAGACCACGACUAUGGACAAGACCACGACUAUGGACAAGACCACGACUAUGGACAAGACCACAGCUAUGGCCAAGACCACAGCUAUGGCCAAGACCACAGCCAGAAGCCUGGCUGUCAACGCUCUGGGCAGUCCCCUUGCAGGUGCCCUCCACAUCCUGCUUGUUUUUCUCGUCAGCAAACUCCUCUUCUAGAGGAAACAGGGGAAGCAAAUCUCAGAUGACCUACAGAGAGCAUCCUCCCAAAGCUAGCUCCAGGCCAGUGUUUAAACAUGAGUGAAUGAAGGUUCUACGUCCACAGCGCACAACUCUGCCACCUCCGACCACAGAACUGUGACACUCUGAGGAACACAGACGUUUGCCUGGGUCUUUCAGGGCACAAUUCAGCUUUUUUGUAAAUACUUAGAUCAGCCUAGCUGUAGAUCAGCCUAGCUGUAACCUGGAGUUCUGACUCUCCAUUUUACAUGCUGAUAGCCAAUCUGAACUUCUGUUCAUUGCCAAAGGAUUCCCAUGAGCCUCCUGGGUUUGUUGUAGGGAGGGAGAUCCUUCUUUACUUUCACAAUGAUUUCAGGUUUCUAGCCAAAUCUACUCAGGUUACAAAGAACUUCUGUGACUUACAUGACUGAAGGGAAAAAAGAGACAAGAGUGGUAGUCCCGUGGCUACUAGCAGAUCCCCAUUGUGCCCAGACCAGCAGGUUUUGAAGAGCAGAAGUAUAUGAAAACUUUGUCUGAGAAGCCAAUGACAGGACCCGUGAUUUUUUUCCUCUAAGUCAAAUAAACAAUACAUUGAACAAGAAUAAUGAAUGUUAAAUUGAAAAAUAAGCUUUAAAUGAGUGAUAAAAUACAAAGUGUUACCCAAAUUUGUUUAUGUUUUUAAAAAUAUGAGUGGAAUAUUGUGUGUGUGUGUUCUCAAAAACAGAUGCAAGGUG